CAUACAGAGAUUUUCAUUUUGUACAUUCUGAGAUUACAUUUGGCUUUUAAAGCAUCUAUUGCAGUGUUUUAACUGAACGGAAUGUACAGAGUAAAAAAAAAAGGGAAUUCUGAGAUUUUGACCAGGGAAAACAGGUCACACCAGGGAAUUCUGAGAUUUCAAAGAGAAAACACUGAAGGUAAUUGAACACAUCGAUUAUGUGUGUACAACAGCAGCAGCCUCUUCUCCCAGCCUCUAUAACUACUCCCUGAGGCGGGGAGAGAAGCAGAGACCCUGCACAAUACACACACACACACACACACACACACACACACACACACACACACACACACACGUCUAGAGAGGAGGAGAUCAUGGCAUUGUCACUUCCAUCUCGCAAACAGGAAGUAACAAUCACAUGAGGUAAAUGAGAAAUGGGCAGGACGCCUGAAGCAGGGGACAAGGACAUCAGCAAUAUCAUUGGUUGGAUCCCUGUUGGUACUUUUUAGAGAAUACUACAAUUCCCUAUAUACUUUGCGACCUGCUGACUGGAUGAGGAGACAGCUAAGUGUAUUUCCUUCUCUCUGAGCGCUCAGACUUCUUUUCUGUUGGUAAGAGAAGAGACAAGGAAGCAGUUCUGCAUUCCCCACACAAAGAAACACUAAACAUGACACCCUGGAUCAUCUGUACAGUUGGGUUUCUUCUCUGCCCUGUUGUAUCAUCUGACCCCCCAAACAUCAUCCUGAUACUUGCUGAUGAUCUGGGCUAUGGUGACUUAGGGUGCUAUGGACACCCAAGUUCCCUGACUCCUAACCUUGACCUAAUGGCAGCAAAAGGACUACGGUUUACAGAUUUCUACUCUACGGGUGCUGUGUGUUCACCUUCCAGAGCCAGUCUUCUGACAGGUCGCUUUCAGACUCGUUCUGGAGUGUACCCUGGGGUGUUCUACCCCAGCUCAGUAGGUGGACUUCCUCUCAGUGAGAUAACAAUUGCUGAGCUACUAAAAUCGCAUGGAUAUGCCACAGCCAUGGCAGGCAAAUGGCAUCUGGGCCUAGGGCAAAAUGGAAGUUUCUUGCCCACGCAACAGGGAUUUGAGCACUUCUUGGGGGUUCCCUAUUCACAUGAUCAGGGCCCCUGUCAGACCUUGAUAUGUUUUCCCCCAAGCACCCAUUGCUAUGGGACGUGUGACUUGGGAGAGUCUCUUCUGCCUGUGUUCAAUGAUGAAAGGAUCCUACAACAACCUGUGGACUUAACUGAACUUGUUCCAAAUUAUGAACAAUUUAACAAGGCAUUCAUAUACCAAUCCGUGAUGAAGAAGAAACCAUUCUUUCUGUAUUAUGCUUCACAUCACACACACUACCCUCAGUUUGCAAGUGCUCAGUAUGCAGGACGUUCUGCAAGGGGAAAGUUUGGAGAUGCUCUGCUGGAGUUUGAUGGAACAGUGGGGAAACUGUUACAGACUGUGUGGGACAUGGGGAUUCAGAACAACACCCUGUUCAUCUUCACCUCUGACAAUGGGCCCGAGACAAUGCGUGAGGAGAGAGGUGGUAGCUCUGGACUCCUGAAAUGUGGCAAAAGUACAACUUACGAAGGAGGCCUACGAGAACCUGCGAUAAUGUACUGGGAAGGGAAGAUAAAUCCAGGAGUGACCUCUGAGCUGGCCAGCACCUUGGACAUCCUGCCCACAGUAGCGGCUGUGGCAGGAGCCCAUCUUCCCAAUGUCACUUUGGAUGGAUAUGAUCUUACUAAACUUCUUUUUAAUGGUGACAAGAGUCCAAGGAACACAGUUUACUACUAUCCACCAUCUAUUGAUCACAACCGAGGUAUCCAUGCACUGAGACUAGGAAAAUACAAGGCCCAUUUCUACACUGAAGGGGCAGCUCACAGUGAGACAACGCCAGAUCCAGCCUGCCAUGUGACUGCACUACUCACAGAACAUAAUCCACCUCUGCUGUUUGACCUUGGCACGGACCCUGCAGAGAAUUACAACUUGUUAAAUUCAGGAGUCCCUGUAGAGCUGAAGCCUAUUUUAUCUGAAAUCCAGAAUGAGCGUGAACGGUUCAACAAGCAUAUGAUUUAUGCAGAAAGUGAGAUUAACAAAGGCAAGGACCCUACAUUGAGGCCAUGCUGCAACCCGGAUUGUACUCCUAAACCAACUUGCUGCCACUGUCAGAUGAAAGAUGUGUAUUUGUAAGUGUUUCUCUCAAUGGGAUCAACUGCAAGUCCUACGUCUGUCAGGAAACUUGCAUUCAUCAGACCUCCGUGAAUUUUGCUGCAAAUCCUUCAUUUUUCUACCUCCUAUACUCACUAUUUUUUUUUUUUUUUUAAUUUCUAAUCACUUAUCUAAUGUUCAUGCCAUUAUGUACUGCUACCUUUUUAAUGUGGCUUUCCUGUGCAACUUGAAGUACGAUAUUACUUAGGAAUCUGAAUGAAACCAAAAGCCACCAUGUACUACUGGAGCUAAAACUGCUGAUUAAUUUCAAGCAGUUUGAAAUCACGUUCAAAAUAAUGACGUUCAAAACCCUCAAUACUACAAGUAAAUUCACUAAUACUGUUGCUAUAUUCUAUAUUUUGUAUGAGGGUGAUAAAUGAAUGAUGAAAUAUCUUUCAGAUUAUUGCUAACCCCUACCACCCCCCAAAAAAAUAAAACUAAACAAGAAACUAAUGUUAUCAAAUGAUUGUUUUUAAUAAAAUAAUAACGUUUUUGUUUGUUACUUAGA